AUGAGAGAUUCAGGUCCCCAGACAGAGGAAACAAUCGCUAAGCUACGACGUCAGCUUGAGGAAGAGAAGAAAGCGCGAGAAGACGCAGAGCGCCGUGAAGGAGAAGAGAAACAGGCGCGAGAAGAAGCAGAGCGCCUCCAGGGAGAGGCUGAACGGCGACUCGAACCCAACACACUAUUCCGCCUCCUCGAUCACUGCCACAACUCUCUGUCUCAAGCGAUCCGAGUCGAAACGGAUGCGACUCUCACGACCCAGAGCGAUGCGACUGACCCCGUCAACCGACUUUAUCCGAAGCGCAUUGUCCCUUGGCUUGACUUCCCUCAACCCCAAGAGCAAAUCUGGAGGAAAUUCGACCGCGCAGAUGGUUUCACCUCGCGCCCACUAUUCCCUUCUGAUACCCAAAUCGAUUAUGUCCUUACGAAUAUCCAGAACAGGCCGAUCUAUUCGGAAGCGUCUCUUCGAAAUUUUGAGCGAGAUACGGUGGAUAACUUAGUCGAAAGGGUCAUUAUGGCUUUACAAGAUGAUGAGCCCCUUCGAAAUGAGUUUGGAAUUCAAGGCCGAGUCACCUUCUACGACCGCGCAAACCCAUCGGAAACCUCGCUGGAGAAGAGCCUGGAGCAAAUGAACCUUCAAGACGCACGGACACCCCAGCGACCAGCGAACACAAGGCAUAAGAGAGGCAGAGGAAGGGGGACAGGAGCGCCGCAGAGACAGAAGAGCGCUGGCACUACACGAAGACGCAAUCGCCGCGCGGACCAGUUCUGCGUGCAUGUUGUGGCCAACGAGUGA